UCGCACAAGAUGGCGGUGGGGCGGCGGGAGAGCGCGCUCCCCUCUUAGAUGCGACCGCGGCGGCCCCUGCUCCCGGCGCCCGCCGGGGCUUACAUGGCGCUGGAAGAACUGCUUUGUCUCUGGUUCUCCACUCUCAGCGUCCUGGCCGUGCAAGGGAGGCUGUUGGAAGGGGAUUCUCUGGAGCUGAGCUGUAGUGCUGGUCCCGCAAAGGUGAUACUGGAGCAAAAUCAAGUCGUGGUUUUGGACUGUAACCUGGCCCCUGUUGAGCAGGUGAUCAAUAUCACAUGGAAGAAGAAUGGGUUUCCAUUAGUGGAGCAGGAACAUCUCCGCGUGCUUCCGAAUGGAUCGCUCUUCAUCUCAUCCCAGGUCGUGGCAAAGGACAGUAAAUAUCCUGAGAGAGCUGGUGCUGAGGGUAAUUACUCCUGCGUGGCUCACAGCUCCCUGGGGGCUGUCACCAGUCAAACGGCUACAGUCAGACUUUCAACACUGUCACGCUUUUUCCAGCAGCCAGAGUCCCAGACAGUGGAAGAAAAUGGCAUGGCCAGGUUUGAGUGUGGGAUUGAAGGACUGCCCUCCCCUGUCAUCACGUGGGAGAAGGACCACGAAGCCGUUCCAGCAGAACCCAGGUUUAUAACUCUUCCAAAUGGUGUGCUCCAAAUCGUGGAUGUGCAGGAGAGUGAUGCUGGUUCUUACCACUGCGUGGCAACCAACGCUGCCCGAAAACGCUACAGCAAUGGCGCAGUCCUCAGGGUCCUGAAAGGUUCCCAGUCAGCAGGAGGAGAUGUCACCAUCGUCGCUGCUCCGGAGAACACCACGGUGGUGGCUGGGGAGAGCGUGGUGAUGGAGUGCAUGGCGGCUGCUGAUCCCACCCCCUUCGUCUCCUGGAUACGGCAGGAUGGAAAGCCUGUUUCCACAGAUGUGAUAGUGCUGGGCCGGACAAAUCUCCUCAUUCCUUCCAGCCAGCCCCAUCACUCAGGGGUGUACGUGUGCCGUGCUAACAAACCCCAGACCAGGCAGUUCGUUACAGCCGCGGCUGAGCUCCGCGUCCUCGCCACCCCCAGCAUCUCCCAGGCUCCCGAAACCAUCUCUCGCACGCGUGCCAGCACGGCUCGCUUCGUGUGCAGGGCCGAGGGCGAGCCAGCCCCUGCCAUCCACUGGCUGAAGAACGGCCAGACCAUCCUCUCCAACGGCAGGGUGAAGGUGCAGAGCAGCGGCAGCCUCGUCAUCAACCAGAUCGGCCUGGAGGAUGCCGGCUACUAUCAGUGCGUGGCCGAGAACAGCCUGGGCACGGCCUGUGCCACCGCCAAGCUCUCGGUCAUCGUGCGGGAGGGGUUGCCCAGCGCUCCCAAGAAGGUGUCGGCUGUCUCUCUCUCCAGCACCACGGUCCUGGUGUCCUGGGAGAGGCCAGAGCACAACAGCGAGCAGAUCAUCGGCUUCUCCCUGCAUUACCAGCGGGCUGUGGGAACAGAUAACGUGGAAUAUCAGUUUGCUGUCAAUAAUGAUACCACUGAGCUGCAAGUCAAGGACCUAGAACCCAAUACCAACUACGUCUUCUACGUGGUCGCAUACUCUCAGCUCGGAGCCAGCCGGACGUCAUCGUCCAUCGUUGUUCAGACCCUGGAGGAUGUUCCUAGUGCUGCUCCUCAGCUGUCCCUGUCCAGCAUGACUCCGGGUGACAUCCGUGUGACGUGGCUGCCGCCGCCUCUGCAGCUCAGCAACGGCAAGAUAACCAAGUACAAGAUCGACUACUGCACCCUCAAGGAAGCAGAUCAGAUCACGUCCAUUGAAGUGGGUGGAAAUGAGACCCAAAUCACUCUCUACUCGCUCCAUCCCAACAAAGUGUACAAAGUGCGCAUCGCGGCCAGCACCAGCGUGGGCUACGGGGCGCCUUCCGAGUGGACCCUGCACCGGACUCCCGACAGAGACAACCAGACACAUGUUCCAUUUGCCCCGACGGAGUUAAAAGUCCGAGCAAAGAUGGAAUCUCUGCUGCUGACGUGGCAGCCCCCAGCCAACCAUGCCCAGAUCUCUGGCUACAAGCUCUACUACCGAGAGGUGGGCCCAGAGGAGUCCAGUGAUGAGAGCCCUUUGGAUAGUGCUGAAGAUGAGAGCUGGGAUGUAGGACCCAUAAAACUGAAGAAGAAAGUGAAGCAGUACGAGCUGACUCGACUAGCUCCUGGGAGACUCUAUGAGGUGAAGCUGGUGGCGUUCAAUAAGCACGAAGACGGUUAUGCAGCCGUUUGGAAGGGCAAGACAGAAAAGGCACCUGCCACAGCAGCAGAUCCCCCUGUGCAGAAGGGUCCUCCACUGCCUCCAGUCCAAGUGUACGCAGAGUCCAACAGCUCGACUUCCAUAUGGCUCAGGUGGAAGAAACCUGACUUCACAACAGUCAAAAUUGUCAACUACACAGUGCGCUUCAGCCCCUGGGGCCUGAAAAACGCCUCCCUGGUUACGUACUACACGAGCUCGGGUGAAGACAUUCUCAUUAGUGGGCUGAAGCCCUACACCAGGUAUGAGUUUGCUGUGCAGUCCAAUGGCGUUGGCAUCGACGGGCCCUUUGGCAGCGUGGUGGAGCGCUUCACCCUUCCUGACCGUCCCUCCACUCCCCCCUCAGACCUGCGGCUGCACCCACUCAACCCCUACGCGGUGCAGGUGCACUGGUGCCCGCCGGCCGAGCCCAACGGCAUCAUCGUGGAGUAUCUCAUCCUCUACAACGCCAACAACACGCAGCCUGAUGACAUGUGGACCUUGUUGACACGAGAAGGAAAUAUCUUCAGCACUGAGGUACAUGGCCUGGAAAGUGAUACCAGAUACUUCUUCAAGAUGGGAGCAAAGACAGUGGUGGGAUCUGGUCCCUACUCAAAUGUGAAGGAUGUGCACACCCUCCGGGAGAAGCUCUCUGAUGUUCUGGAUAUCCACUCUGUCACAGGAAUCAUUGUGGGAGUCUGCCUGGGGCUGCUCUGCAUUCUCUUCUGCAUGUGUGCCAGCUUCAGGAACAGCAAGCAGAGGGAGGCCCUGCCAGGCCUGGAUUCCCAGGCAGCUGGUAACCACACUUACUACCACCGGAGCAGGCAGGGGGUGGCAGCUCCCAGUGCCGCCUCGGACUCACAUGAGCUGGAGUCUCUCAUGUCCCCACUGCCAGAAGAUGCACCCGUGGCCCUGGGGGAGAUCACAGAGCUGACAGAAGUGCACAGCCUCAUCCACACCAGCCUCCCUGAGGACAUUGUCCAUGGGAAGAGGAAGUCUUCAUGGAAUAAAUUGGGCAGCCAGCCCUGGACAAACAGCAUAGCCAGGUAUGGAGAGGGGAUGCCGCGAGAGCCCCUCUCUGCAGUGAAUGGAUCGCUGAAGCUCCCUCCCGGCGCGGGGCAGAAGCUUCUGCUACAAGCUCUGGUUUAUGAUGCCGUGCUGAGUGAAGCCAAGAGAAGCCACCCACCAGCGAACCUCCACCAAGUGGAAGCAGAGGUCAUUGUCCAUUCUGACUUUUCAGCCUCUGACAGAGACUACGACUCCCAGCUGCACACUCUGGAGACUGAAGAGACAGAAACUGAAGCCCAGGAGGCUGAAGAUGAUGAGCUGCCCCUUCCUGCCUCUCCCAGCACCCAGCAGGACACUAAGCAAGUGGUGCUGGACUGCAUGGGCAGUGCUGAGGCUCAGGCCCAGGAGGAGCCGUUAUGUACCGACAGAAAGACCAGCACCACAGAGGCCCUUUGCGUCCCUGGGCUCACCAACGGCUUCCACGGGCACAGGGAGAGGCUGGAUUCGGAGGAGAGCGGAGGUUUGGGCUCCAUCCAGGAAGGCAGAGGGGACCUGCAGCCACUCAAGUGCCAGGCCCUCUGCCCAGCCCCAGAGGAGACCCCCCUCUGUAGCAACUCCGGUUUCACCAGUCCAUCCUCAGCGUGUGGGAGCAUGGCCUGUGUCCCCAGUCAUUAAGGAGUGAACUGAUCCGCUUUUGGUCAUGAGAGAGCUGGAAGUGCUAGUGAGGGCCUGUCCCUGCCAGGUGCUGCACGCCCUCAGCUGCCUGAGCCCAGCGGAGCAGGGGACAGGAGCCAGCCCUGUCAGCUGUACAUAUUGCCUUCAGCAGCUCCCACAGUAGAUGGGGAAGGGCCCAUCUUCUUCCUCAUGAAGCCGACGAGCAACUGGGUGUUGGUGGGAGCGAGUCUGAGCCAUCUGCUGCAGACCACGGCUGCAAUGGAGCCUUCUGCGUGAGGCUGGGGCUGUCACUCCUGCAGCCCUCAGGGCAAGUGAUGCUGGGGAGAGACAGGGCGCCCAAGGCUCUCCCUCCCCAGGGAGCCUCGGCACCGCCUCCUGCCUCCCCCCGGGCGCUGGGACCAGUUCCCUCGGAGGAGUCCGGCCAGGAGGUGGGAGCCAACACAAACACAUGCAGUGAGCUGUAACCACCAGCCUUUUCUGCCCUCCCGUGGUCGGAAGGAUUCUAAGGCUCUCUUUGUACGCUGCCACAGUAACUAUUACUAGCAGGCUGGGGUAGUGGCCUUUUAUUACACACUCUACGAGUGCCUCUAACAACUUGUACUAUAUAGAACCUUCUUCAGCGGCCGGGUGAUUUCACCAGCCUGGGCUUUGUUUUAUGUAGGUUCUUGUACCUAAUAUUUUAGGUACACAUCUGUCCUUUUAAAUGUACAACAUGUAUUUUUAUUUCCUUGGAACAUCUUUAUAUUAUUUAAUUUUAUAAUGUGGAGUAGUGUGUGGCAUAGAGUAGCAUUUUUACUACUUCUCUCUCUCUUUUUUCCUCCCUAACAACGCAACUACCUCAUGUCUGUUGGAGAAAAAAACACAAAGCAGUAGAUCUACUCUUUUGUUGUAGCCCAUUAUAGGUUUUAACUUAUUCUUAUACUGCCUUUUUCUAAAGAAUAUGUUUGCACUGGUUGUUGACUCUUUUUUUUCUUACUGCCUAGUGCUGUAGAUCUGAUGUCUCUCUUGCUCUAAGUGUUGCUGUAGGACACCUUCCCCACAGCUGGAGAGCUGGGUUGUGUUUCUCUGUAGGAUUGCUGCUUCAGCUGGUGAGGUGUGGAUCCAGCUUUUCCUUAAUGAGCUUAUGUGAGCAAAGAAGGAGGGUGGGGGGAAGAACAACAACAACUGCAAAAUGAAGUCAUGAUCUUGGGGGGGAAAAAGAGCCAACAAUGGCAAAAGAAACUUGUGCUCUUGGGGACAUCUUGUUUCUUCUUCUUGUGCCCAAGGGGAGAUAUCUCAGCUGAUUUUCAUUUCCAGAGAGCAGCUUUUCAGCCUUCUCAAGGCUUUGGAUCAACAAGUGAAAUCCUCCAGUCACUUCUGAGAGUCCUGGCCAAAGUGCUUUUGGGUUUGGUUUAUUUAACAGCAGAGCAACACCACAGCUUAAAAGUGAAAAUCAAAUCUGUGCUUUCACACCAGUCAGCCUGGUGUGAAAAUCAUCCAGACUUUUCCUUGCUGACACUGCUUACUGCUGACACGUCUCCCAGCCCGGCCUCUGCUCCCAGGUGAACUUGACCUUUUCUUUAGCCCAGCUCUGCCCUGUUCCAGCCUUGCAGAGUUGGACUGCCAACACCACAGAUUGGACCAGCUCCUCGGGGUAACAGGGACUGGUAAUUCUGUUCACUGGGGGGUUGGUAAAUGUUCUGCCUUCCUGCAGGAUUCAGAGAGCUGGAUGCUUGUUUGUUUAAAAACUGGAGGCAAAGAUGCCCAUGUCCCUCUUCUUACCGAAAAGCUGUGUGGGGAGCUAUGUGCUGACUUGAGAUCCUGUAAAAAUACUUCAGGCUUUGGUUUUUGUGGUGAAAUCUAGACCAAGAUUUCGCUGCAAGCAGUGAGAGGUGAGAACCUUGCUUCACCAGCACCUUAUUCCUGCUUUUGUUGUGAAGUGCCACGGCAGAGCAUGCCCUGCAUUUGGGGCUGAGCUGGACCAGCCCAUGGCCUUUGCAGUCCUUCAUCAAACCCUUUUAGCUCCAGCUCUUCACUAGAGGAGAACCUCCAGGCCUCCAUGUACCCUGUUGGGAAGGACAAUGGUGCUUUGGCCUCUCCCCAUCCUCCAGCAUCUCCUUCCAGCAUGUUCUGGUAAAUGGAUUGUGUUUCCAGUUGUUGCACUUACUCCAGCUGCUGCUUGGGACCUUGAGGAGUCUCAGAAAUGUUGUUCUGUGCUCUGAAGCAGCGUGACUCUGAAAGGCUGAGGCACAGAGACUGGAAAUCGGUGCCAAUGAGCAGGCCAGGCAGGAGUUGGGGGGUGUGUGCUGCCAGAGCAAGAAGCAAGGAAGGCUCAUAACCAGGCAGCAGAAGUGUGUAAAUAACCUCCAGAACUCACUGCCACAGGACUCUGAAACUAGUGACUUUGCAGGGUUACAGAUAAGGCAGUGAAGUGUUAUUGCAGGCAAUAAGGGCAAUUCAGAGUUGUCUGGGAGCGGAUGCAAUUGCAGAGGUAUAAACUCUCCAGCUGGGGAGUCCCAGGCACCGGCUGCAGAGUGGGGACACCCCUGCAGACAGACCUCACUUGGCAGUUAGUGACAUGGGACAGUUCUUGCCCUUUCCCAGGGACAGAACAGACACGUGGCCACUGUUGAUGUCCAGAAAGGGAGGACCCUUCUCCAAGGAGCUCGCUCCAGAGGAUCUCCUGGUGAUUUCCUCUCACCUCCAAGCCCGAGUCAUCCGCCUGCAAGCAUGACAGUACGCCGAGGGAUUGCUUGUGCCAGAGGAGCUCAGCCAGCAGCAGUGUGACCAGAGCACUGGAGUUCUCCUGGCUGACACUAUGCCUGGGGCAUGCCAUGUACCAGCCCUGAGCUUUCCAUCCAGGGGCCUGUGGGGAUGGAGGCUUAGGCCAGUGGCUGAUCUGGUAGCACGUCACAGUUUCUGGGGCCCUUGUCCACGCACCCUCUGCUCUGUGCAGACUGACUUUAGCAGUCGUCUGUCCAUGGGGUGAGCAUUGCUGAUCUGCCUAAAAGCCAUCCCAGCCUGUCACUAAAGCCAAGACAAGCAGGCACUAUUCCCCUGGAUCACAAAACCCCCAGUUCUGUGCUCUGAGGGCUUUGGGGGAGAUGGAGCAGAGCGUGCACAAUUCUGCUCACGCCUCACGGAAACACUUUGUCUCCUUACGCUGAGGCUCAUUCUGAUCUCAUUACACCCAACCAAAUCAUACCAGAGUGUGAAAGCAGCAGUGUUUGCACAUCCAAGCCCCUGAGAGGCUGUGGGCUGGAGUGCCAGACCUCAGCUGCAGAAAUGAAGGCAGUUUCUUCUGCCAGGAGGCUGCUGCUGAUAGACAGCAGCCAAGCCCAGCUCUGUCCACGCAGAGUGACGAGUGUCCUGGGCUUCACCCCAGGGCCCUCCCGUCCUGGACACAUCUGGGACCUUUCCAGUCUCAGCUAGAAAUGAACAGAAGAAGACAGGUAACACACAUUUUAUGUGUAAAGCUGAAACAACCAGUGCAUAUAUUUUUUUACCAUGAAAUAAGUAGCUUUCUUGCAGAUUUCUCACAGACACACAAACUGUUGAUACCUUUAACUACCCGCCGUACUUUACCAUGUCCCCACGCAUCAGCCUCCUCCCUUCCCUUCCCUUCUCUUCCUUUCAGUAACACUAAAGAUUAUUGCUGUUCAACUUUUUUGCUGGUGUAUAUUGUUUGACAUUGUUAAGAUGUCAGGCUUGUCUCCCUGGCAUCAUUUUGUAGUAUUAAUGUUACCGUGUGGCUACACAACUGUAUAUUCCCUGUGCUGCUGCGAGAGUCGCAGUCCUCACCCUUCUGCUUCUUUCAGUUCCUCGCCACAUGACUCGGAUAAAAAUCUCUUUUGACCUUUUGAUUUGCUUUCUUAACAGGCAGCAAAGUUCUGGUUUAAAUGGUUCAGAUGGGAUAACUUACAGUCUGUGUUUUGAGGAUCUGUUACAGCCCCGAGAGCAGCUGGGGCAGAAAGCAACCGUUUGGAGUAGAGCACUGUACGUGGGUUUUGAUCUCAUUAGAAAGAGAUGCUUUGAAGGGAUCAUCGUGUCUUCUCUAAUCAAUACUUUUGUUAGAAAAGAGGUGUUUAGCCCAGGAGAAACCUACCAUCUAGUUCUGUUCCUUUAUUCCCUUGCUUGUGUUUUAAAUGCCAUUUCAUUUUCUACACAGUGCAUAAGGAUGUGUAAACCAGAGCCAGAUCUCCUUUGAAGAUUGUGUCUGUGUUUGGUUCCAUGCGGUACUUAACUAUACCUUACUUUCUUCAGAGACUGUUCUUGCUCCACAAAUACUCUUUAGUGUUCAAGUGUAAGAAGACAUUGUCCUUAUAUUCCUCAACUA